AUGGAGUUACCUGAGGUAAACGAGACAGCUGAAGAACAUGGAUGUUCAUCGGAGAAGCCGUCUAAGGAGAUGUUGUCCUGCAAAAUAUACAAGUCUGGAUUUAGUUUUCAGAAUUUUAUCCAAGAGUUGGAGAACAGUUCGAAGUUGGCUAUCGGAAAAGAUCUCAAGUUUGGUGGUCUCUCAAGGUCGAGAAUUGCCAGAGGUUGCGUGACAUAUGAGAUUAAUGGUCACGAUCACCAGAAGAAGCUUAAAGAAAAAGGCUUGUUCGCCAGCAACCCUGAUUUGAGAGGAACCAAGAAUGAUAAAUACUCUUCACCUUACGAUACAAUCGGACACGGCACUCAUGUCGCGGCCAUUGCGGCUGGGAAUCACGUCGAGAACGCGUCUUACUUCUCUUACGCGCAAGGAACCGCUUCGGGAAUCGCACCGCACUCGCAUAUAGCCAUGUAUAAAGCUGCUUGGGAGGAAGGAGUUUACUCAUCAGACGUGAUCGCAGCGAUUGAUCAAGCGGUUCGAGAUGGAGUCGAUGUGAUAUCUUUAUCACUCGGACUAAGCACUGAUGACGGUCUAGAAAACGAUCCAAUCGCAGUCGCAGCGUUUGCAGCGGUUCAAAGAGGCGUUUUCGUUGUUGCCUCAGGUGGUAACGACGGGCCGUAUUACUGGAGUCUGAUUAACGGCGCGCCGUGGAUUAUGACGGUUGGCGCGGGAACAAUGGGUCGUGAGUUUCGAGGGAUCUUAACGUUAGGAAACGGAGUUAGUUUCAGUUUUCCGUCUCUGUUUCCCGGAGAGUUCCCGUCGGUUCCGUUUCCAGUAACGUACGCUGAGUCUUGCAAUGCGGGGAACAACUCUUUGGUGAACAGAAUCAUUGUCUGUAACGAAGAAAACGUAAACAUCAGAAGCAAACUUCAACAAGCCAAAUCCACGGGAGCUAAUGCAGUAGUUCUACUAACAGAUAAGUUACUUGCAGCACAAGAUACAGUCAAGUUCGGGUUUCCAGUAGCAUUCAUCAGCUCAAAACACCAAGAAACUAUCAAAAACUACGCAUCUAGCAACGAAAACAACGCCACCGCGAAGCUGGAGUUUCACAAAACGGUGACCGGGACUAAACCAGCACCAGAAGUGGACAGUUACAGCUCGAGAGGUCCGUUCACAAGCUUCCCUCAGAUCCUCAAACCAGACAUUUUAGCUCCUGGGACACUGAUACUCUCAGCUUGGCCACCGGCUAAGCCGGUAACAACCGGAACUCGAGCAAGACCGUUGUUCAGCGGGUUCAAUCUCUUAACCGGGACAUCAAUGGCUUCACCUCAUGUAGCUGGAGUCGCUGCGCUUAUAAAGCAAGUCCAUAAAGACUGGAGCCCCUCGGCUAUCAAAUCAGCAAUUAUGACAACGGCUUUAGCGCUAGACAACCCUUUAGCCGUUGGAGCAGGACAUGUUAGUACAGAGAGAGUCCUCAACCCUGGCUUGAUCUACGAUACAUCUCCACAAGAUUUUAUUAACUUCCUUUGUCACGAGGUAAAACAAUCCAGGAAAUUGAUUAAUAUCAUCACAAGAUCGAAUAUAUCCGACGCGUGCAGAAACCCAUCUCCAUAUCUUAACUAUCCUUCAAUCAUUGCAUACUUCAAUUCAGAUCAAAAUGGUCCUAAGAUCAUGAGGAGAACGUUGACAAACGUGGGGGGAGCAAUGAGAAGCUAUAGCGUGAGAGUGAGAGGCUUGAAGGGUAUAAACGUUUCCGUAGAGCCAAAGAGACUAAUGUUCAGCAAGAAAAACGAGAAGCAAAGCUACACUGUGAGAUUGGAGAGUCAGAGUGCGUUGCGAGGGGACGUGGUUUAUGGAGUUUUGAGUUGGGUUGAUGACGAAGACGCUAAGUUUGUAGUAAGCUGUCCUGUGGUGGCCACGAGCCUUGUCCAAGAGUCUUGAGAUCCUUAUUUCAAAAGAAAAUGUGUUUCUAUAUCUUAGAUUUUACUAUCUGAUACGUAUUAAGCAUCGGGC